AAACUUUGAUUUUUUUUUGUUUUUAAUUUCUUGCCAUUUACCCUGAGGAGGUUGACAUGACAAUGACCCGGUAUCGCCGAUGGAUUCGGUAGGACACCCGUUAUCCGAGUGUUUUUUAAUGCACUCUGAACAAGAAAUGAACUUAUCGAAGGGGCCAUUAGUGAACAGCAGCAGUGAAGAUAACUCCAAGUCAUCUUAUGGUAAAUGCGGCGCUGGCGCCUGGAGAAUGCACCAGAGCUACGAUCCACUGGAGGCCAACCACAUGAGAGACGCACAUGCCCUCUACAACCCCAGGCUUCUCUGCAGAAUGUCCAGUAAGGAGCGCCACCUUGAGUCCAGUUGUCCGUCCUCUUAUAUAAAGACUGAGCCGUCUAGUCCUGCCUCCCUGACUGAUAGUCUAAACCAUCACUCCCCUGGUGGCUCCAGCGACGCCUCAGGCUCAUAUUCGUCCACGAUGAACGGUCACCCCAAUGGCUUAGACUCCCCAAGCCUUUAUGGCUCCAACGCAGGGACCCUAGGACCUGCUGGCGGCCCUGGAUCAAAGCGUUAUGAGGACUGUUCAUCAACCAUUGGGGAAGAUUCACAAAUUAAGUGCGAGUACAUGUUGAAUUCCAUGCCCAAGAGGCUGUGUCUCGUGUGCGGGGACAUUGCGUCAGGUUACCACUAUGGAGUGGCAUCCUGCGAGGCCUGCAAGGCCUUCUUCAAACGCACCAUCCAAGGCAACAUUGAGUACAGCUGUCCAGCCACCAAUGAGUGCGAGAUCACCAAGAGGAGACGCAAGUCGUGCCAGGCCUGCCGCUUCAUGAAGUGUCUGACUGUUGGCAUGCUGAGGGAGGGUGUUCGUCUGGACAGGGUUCGCGGUGGAAGACAGAAGUACAAACGUCGGAUAGAUGCAGACAACAGCCCGUACCUGAAUCCACAGCUGGCUCUGCCCCCCAAGAAGCCAUUUGCCUUUGGCUGCCUUGCAGAUAACAAAAUCGUAUCUCACCUGCUGGUGGCUGAGCCAGAGAAGAUUUAUGCCAUGCCGGACCCGACAGUACCAGACAGCGACAUCAAGGCCCUGACUACGCUGUGUGACCUGGCGGACAGAGAGCUGGUGGUCAACAUUGGUUGGGCCAAACAUAUUCCAGGUUUUUCCACGCUGUCUCUGGCAGACCAGAUGAGUCUCCUACAGAGUGCAUGGAUGGAAAUCCUGAUCCUACGUGUUGUCUACCGUUCACUGCCCUUUGAAGACAAGUUGGUGUAUGCUGAGGACUACAUAAUGGACGAGGACCAGUCGAAAUUAGCUGGACUUCUGGACCUGAACAAUGCCAUCCUUCAGCUGGUGAAGAAAUAUAAAUCUAUGAAACUAGAGAAGGAGGAAUUUGUCACUCUCAAGGCCAUUGCUUUGGCUAACUCAGACUCCAUGCAUAUUGAAGAUGUGGAUGCAGUACAGAAGCUCCAGGAUGUGCUUCACGAGGCCCUGCAGGACUACGAGGCUUCCCAGCACCAGGAGGAUCCCCGUCGGGCAGGCAAGCUGCUCAUGACCCUCCCCUUGCUCCGCCAGACCUCCACCAAGGCUGUGCAACACUUCUACAGCAUCAAGCAGGAUGGCAAAGUCCCAAUGCACAAACUCUUUUUGGAGCUGCUGGAAGCCAAGGUCUGAGGACAGGGACUAGAUGGAAGGACAGCUAGAGUCUGAUCCACCUGGGCUUCAACUCGAACUCUGAACAUCAACUUUGAAUGACCUCUUGCUCUUUUACGCGCACUCUCACAGAUACAGGCACACACACACUCUCACACACACACACACAGAAAUAUGAAGUUUGUCUGCUGACACAUCUCCCUAUAAAUAGACGCUAUCCAGACCUCUCACCUGAACUUGAAACACCACGUCUUUGACAAAAGGGUGUUGACUUGAUGAUCUUUUUUGGAGGAAGACGGUGACAGACUGUGUAACUCCCAUUUAUCAAUGGAAGACGAUAUUUGCUAAGAGUAACUUAACAGUUCUCGCAGUGACUCCAAACACUGACGAUGACAAACACUUAUGCAUUUAAUAACAAUUAGGAUGUUAUUAAUGACAAACGCUUAAAUGAGGACACGUUUAAAAGACACUGAACAGUCUUCUUUUUAGCUCUGAGAGACUGUAAGACUGCACUCGUGUCUCCUUUCCCCCUCCUGUUUCCCUCAGAGUUUUUUAGUGUUCAAGAAGAAGACGAGUGGACAAAAAACGAACACUUAGGAGGUGUUAAUGACAUUUAUUGUUGAAGUACAUGUACAGUGAAAUUUGAAUCAAUGGACAGAAAGAAAAGAAGAGGAGAUUUGCCCUGCCAAAGAAUGGAAUCAUCCAUUCAGAGGAUGCCAGCAAACUUUACUGUCAUAACCCAAAACCAUUUCUGUUUUGAUCUGCCAGUGGUUUUCAGUCCUGGGCCUCAAGAGUACUGCUGAUUCUCUCUUCCUGUAAUUAUUAAAUUGUUUUCUGGGUAUUAUGAAAACCAGCAGCGCUUAAGGUUUUACGGAAAAGCAUUGGAAACAACUGCUUUAAACUCUUUCUGGUUCUCCCUAAAUUCAAUUUCCUGGUUUCCCAUGACUCCCCCGCUUCAAGUACAACUUUACUGUUUGCUGUAUUUGCUGACGACUGGUCAUCCUGGCCUCUCAAACCUGUCUUGCCAUAAUAUCAAUGUCUGUUCACUGGGCAAAGCUAAAAAUUGUUUCAUAUAUUCUAACCACAUGAGGUGUGAUUAAUUCACAGAGUUUAAAAGUAUACAUAUGACUUCUUAGUUGCUAACAACAGAAUACAAUUUGAUUGAAACUUCAUAACAUAAAAAGAUACAUGGCUAACAAACAAAUGUGGGCUGAGUUCACAUUCUGUGUAUAGUGUGUAAUCGAUGAAAAACACCUCUUGUGUUCAGACGUGUAUUUGAACAAUUUUUAGCAGUUUUGUGGCCCUGAUUUGCAGCUUUUCACAUACCAGUCAGUAGGGAUUUAAGUCUAUCAACGUGCCAUUAGUAGUCCAACCCAAGCUCAUUAGCCACACUCCAAAAACUCAAAAGUCUCACCUCUGUAUUACCCUCCUCAUCCCGUUGUGUUCACGACUACCAGCUCAUCUCCUGUGUCAGUACAGAGACAUUCUUGUGACUCAUUCAGGGAGUGUAGGGGGAGCCGCAGUCACUCGGCGCAAUUCAAACCAGAAGGAAAGGUGUGCUGACAAAACUGACUGAAGAAUACGUAUUGUUGCUUUAAAACUCCUCGAUCUUUUUUCUUAAUUUCUACCUUGAAAAUAAUCUUAGUGAUGAUACCAAUAUUAGGGUUGUAAAUAAUUGUCAUCCUGUAUAUGACAUAUAACAUGGCUUUGUUUUUGUUAUUAAUAUUGUCUUCUUAAAACUGAAUCAAUCAAUAUGUCUUUCCUUUUUUCUAUCAGCUUGACCACUUUCAGCAAUUAUCAUAUAUAUAUAUAUAAAAAUAUAACAAGUAAUAAUGUAUUAACAAAUCAGCGUUUAUCUUAGAAACUCUGAGCAAUAGUGGUUUUCAAGGAGGGGUUUGUGUAUAUGGACUAAGUCUGCAAUAUUAACAUUACAUGCCAGUCUUAAAUUCGGGAGAAAGGGGGAUGAGGAUUUGGAGGAGAAUGUGUAGCUUCUCUUUCUCUCUGUGUAACUUGCCAUAAGCUAUUAGAUAACAGUCACUGGGCAUUUCCUUUCAUGACCGUUAAGAAGAAAAAUACAACCCAGGAAUCUAUUCACUUAAAAGCUGUGUAAAGGUUGCAACUGGGAGAAGUAAUACAAGCAAAUAAAAACAAAAAGAUCCAGCAUCCAAUUUGCAAUUCUCACCUUCUGAAGUCCGCACCUUUCAUGUGACCAGGCUUUUUUUGCAUUGACAUUUGAUCUGAUUGAACCAGGACAAUUCUUGUAGUGAAAAAAACACUUAGAU